ACUGUCAAACUCGACCACGAAGAAGAACAGUUUGCUUCCCCCGGUGAAGAAGACGGCACAUCAUUUUCAUAGCGCGAGUCUAGUGCGGUUCGGUUGCGUUUGUCUCUUUGCCAAUACGCGACGCGUGUAGUGUGCCGUACAUUUACUGAAGCUAAUUGUUGGCUAGCAGCAUCUGGACCGCGUCGUGAACGAAUCCAAACGUGUGAAAAGUCUCAAGUGCAGUGCAAGCGAACAGAACCAACACCGCGCGCGUAACACCAUGUCGGCCAAUUCGAUUUUGCUCGAUUUUUCACUCGACCCCGCCCGUAUCAUCGACGAGGUGUCGCGCAAGGACAUCGUGCGGGUGUGCAAGGAGGGGCUGGAGAAGUAUCUGGCCGGGCUGAAAAUUUCCUACGACAUGCUGACGACCGAUGGGUAUCUGUGCAUUCUGAGCGAAACCGGCACCGGAACCAUCGUGACCAUUCGCUUCUUCGAGCAGGGCCUGAUAACGAUCAACGUCGAGUACUACCGGAAGGAUGGCGAUGAGGCGAAGAUAUCCUUUGAACAAAUACGAGAGCUCGAGAACAAUUUGGUGCAAAAACUAAAAUUCAACCAUGGCCAAUCGCUACCACCGCUCCAACGGGGUCCCUUAACCCGUUAUUUCCCGACCGCAGACGAGCGUGUCAUCGAGUACGAUAUCGACCGCGUGCUGUUCGACAAGCGGUCCGAAUUCCAGAAGAUUCAGAUCGUACACUCGCGAAGCCUCGGCAACAUGCUGGUGCUGGAUGAAUUGCAAAAUAUUGCCGAGGCGGAUCUUAUCUACACGGAGACGCUGAUGUGCCGUGGUAAGGAAGAUUACGCCGGGAAGGAAAUUUGCAUUCUGGGCGGUGGCGAUGGGGCCCUGCUGUACGAGCUGCUGAAGGAAGGGCCCAAGAUGGUCGUAAUGCUUGAGAUCGACGAAAUCGUCAUGCAGGCGUGCAACAAGUACAUGAACACCAUCUGCGGUGACGUGCUGGAGAAGCGUACGGACGACAACUAUGAGAUCAUCGUCGGCGAUUGCAUGGUGUACCUGCGGAAGUACAUUAAGGAGGGGCGCAAGUUUGACUACGUGUUUGGCGAUCUGACGGACAUCCCGAUCUCGGACACUCCUACUGGUGAGAUAUGGGAUUUCAUACGCACGAUCCUGGAAUCGUCCUUCCAGGUGCUGAAGCCGGACGGAAAGUUUAUGACACACGGCAAUGGUGUCAGCUGCCCGGAAUCGCUCCGCAUGUAUGAGGAUCAACUCGCCAAGCUAACGCCAAAGGUGACGUACACAAAGAGCUCGGCCUUUGUGCCCUCGUUUAUGGAGGAAUGGGUGUUCUAUCAGGUGCAGCGCGAGGUCGCUAACGCCACCGAGAGCGUUUGACUUUGUUUCGCCAGCAUCACCGCCACCACAUUUGAUCUAACGUUGCAACUAUCGAUAGCGGCAGUGCUGCUAGCCCUGUCUCUUCCGCUAGCGAUGCUUUUAACUCGCCCGACUGCGAGUAGCACUAGUAGUUGUAGCAGCAGCAGCAGCAGUUGCAGCAUCACGUCACGAUAGCAGCACAAAAUAGAAGACACUAGAACAUAGCAAUACUAGAACUACGUAUUUAAACUACUUAAUUGGAAAUACUUGUUAGAGAACACGACGCGCGAAUAAUGGAGUGUGGAAGGCAAAGCUUUACCAAAGUUUGUCCAGAGGAAAAGAGAAUUACGGAUGGGAGGAAUCAAGAAGGAAUUUUUGUGGCACUAGAUGUGUGAAACAGUAGUAACUUUAUCUUCCCAUUUUCUUCCUGCAUACGCUUGGACAGUGAUAGCAAGUAUGAUAGAUAAAAUCGCCAUGGGAUGGGAGUAGAGUUGUAAACAAUUAAUCUCAAUUCUUGAUUCGAACGGUGGCAACUAUGAAGCUAGAUUAUCGUUUUGUUUUUUUUCAUCUUAAGUUAUGAACAGUUUCUGAACGGUACGAAACGCAUCCCUGCGUUGGUGGUAUCAACAGACACACACAUCAUCAACAGACACACAUUGCGUAUGCGUUCCCUAGGUACGAUACGCAACAAAGACAUGCACAAUGAUGGAAUUUAUGUUUGAUUCAUGUUUCGUAACUAACUUAAAUUACCACAGCAGAAAUUUCCUAGUCCCAGUAAAGCUUCGUGGAAUGGAACGAAGCAAAAAAAAAAAAGCGCGGGAAAGCAACAGGAACUUAAUUAUCACGCUGAGCAGUUAGGAGAAUAUAGCUUUAGUUGCAAGGAAUGUGUGUUCUUUAGUUAAUUUUAACGUUGACUUUGCUGUUUAGUGUACUUACGGAAGAGAGUUGCUGGUUGCUCUUUUCACUCCCCUCCUCGCUGUGGUGGCUACUAAUUAAGUGUAGAUGAACCAAGACAGAAACGGCACACACACGCAGGUUAGAGAACGGUGUGCGUGUGUGUGCAUGCUUGAGAAGCAAGUUGUCCAAACGAAUUGCCAUUUAUGAAAUAGAAUUUUGAUUAGCAUGCAAACGAAUGUGUUCUAUCUAAGUCACAAUAAAACCUGUGAGUGGCUGGUGAAAAUGUGAAAAAACAUGCAAGAAA